AUGUCCCUGAACACAUCGCCAACGCAGAGCCAUUCAAAUGGACACACAAACGGGCAUACAAACGGACAUACAAAUGGACACGGAUCGCCCAAUUCUGGUUACAUGGGCUUCACCAGCCAUACCAACGUAUUCGAGGCGACAAAGCGAAGUCUCAGCCGUCUUCAAGGCCCGGAAGCGGACCCUCGGCUCUCGCUACCUGCCGAUGAUCGGAUGACUCCGAGGCGCUCUUUCAACCAGCUCUCCCCUAUAGUGCGCCACAUGAGCAUCUACGUUUUGGAGGCUCUGCCAGGGCAAUGUAAUGAGCAAAUUGUCUUCAACGACGAAGAUAUCCCGGAUUGGGGCUCGACUCAAGCCGCGCUGGCCCGUAUUACCAGAUAUCUUCAAGACUUGCUCAAAAAGAAUGCGGACGGGGUUGGCCCCAACUUGGAAAGCAUUGCCGAGAUGAUAUGCCAUAACACUGCGCAGCCUUUUAAAGAGAUCGACGAUCCGCAUGAGUGGAUGGAUCAGUUUUGUGGCAGCAAUCUCAGAUGGGAGUCAAUCGGGCUGAUAUGGGGAGGCUUGGAGCGUCUUGCGGAUACUAUGAACUCUUUUCGGCCCUGUCACGUUGAGUGGAUUCCUGGAAAGGGGUCUAAGGAACUUUCCAGAACGUAUAUAAAUUAUUGCAUUGAUUUGUCUAAGCAGUUUUGUGAUGGCAGUCCUGUGUUAUUGGAUCUUCACCGACGUCGAACCAUUUUGGUGUCUUGUCUGGACGGCGAUGCCGCUGGAUCGUGUUGGUACGCCCACGGCGCGGCUGUGUCCAUGUUGACCUUCAUGGGCCUACAUGCCAUGGAGAAGGAGGUUCCGUAUACACCCACCUUGUCCUCCGAAUAUAACAGAAGGCUCGUUGCCCAGAUCUUCAACAACGAUAAGUUUUGCGUCGCAUUUUCUGGGCGACCUCCAUUGCUCAGCCGUCGAUACUGCACAACACCUCUGCCCCUCGAUCUCAGAGAUGAAGACCUGGUUGCAGAUCAGUCAACGCUACAGAAGGCUGUACAAGAGCUGGAUGAUCGCGGCUGGAACACAAAAGGCGAAAUCUAUCCAGUUACGCUUAUUCGAGCUCGCCGUAUGUUGGCGGCCGCUCUCGAGGAAGUCAUGGAGAUUGCCCUAGGUUGCCAGGUUUGUGUAACUCUUGAUGAGCUACGAAACAUGCAGGGUCGACAACUGGAAUUGGUUGCGGCAUUUCCCCCGUAUCUCAGAUAUGAUCCGCAAGACGUGUUAGAUCCUGAUAUAGAUACCAAGUCCGUCUAUGCUCGGAUACUCAUUCGACUUACUCACUUACAGACAAUGUUCUUCUUGGAAAGGCUGCUGCUACUAAACGGUAGCUUGGAAGAAGGCAAUCUGCUGCUAUUUAGCUUUGAGAUGCUCACACUGACUCUUACUAUGUGGACGCACAAAGACCGUUUCGCAGCAAUGCGGCGCAAUUUUGAAUGGCUUCUCAUGGCCCACGCCGCACCCGCAGGCGGCAUCCUUUGUCUAGAACUUCUCAACCCGACAUUUACAGGCAAACAUCCCAAGGAUGCACGAAUCUCACGGUCAAGUAUUAUACAGAAUCUCAGUCUCUUGGUAGGCUUUCUCGACUGGGUGCGUCCAUCCGCACCAAAUGGAGAUUUGUGCAUGGACUGCAAAGUCAUUAUACAGCGGGUGUUGGAUCAUACCUUGGAUGGCAGUGUAGACGGCAAUAGUCCCCGGGCAGCUCUGGCAUACGACUUUCCCCAGCCUCUGGAUUUUAAUUUCGAUCUAUUAGAUACAUUUGACUGGCUGCAUACGGAAGUUUCAUAG